UAGUAAAUAAAUAAAAAUGAAUGAUGCAAGAUCAGAGCAGAGGGUAGAACUGCUCUACCACCCAGACAUUCUCAGGUCCAUAUUAGAAGCCAACAGCAACAAAUUAAUGGCAAAGACCUUAAAAAGACUCGGAGUCAAGUCUUCUGGCAAAAAGGAAGAACUCCUUGAAAGACUGUCAAAUUGUUUGUCAACCAGACAAGGCAAAGAAAUUGCAGAGACCAAAAAGAUCUCAAAGGACACUUUAAGAUCACUUUACUCUGAAGCUGAUGAUAGACUAAAAAUUGCAGAGCAAGGGGGAGAUCCAAUACAUUUCCCGCGGUUUGUUACAUUUAAUAAGAAUUAUGAGGAACCCAUCCCUGGGAUGAAUCAAAUUAGAAGGUUCAGAGAAGAAGAAUUUGCUAGCAUAGGAUAUUUAGCAACUGAUACUCUACCACCAAACCCAGCCCUCCAAGUGCCUAAAACCCCUCAAAACAUCCCUCAGAUACCCCAAAAUAUGAAUUUCUCACCUCUGCCUACUCAAAUCCAUCCAAUCCUCCCUCAAACCCUUCACGCUCCCUUCCAAAAUCCCUCGACAAACCCUCACAAACGUCAAAAAAUAACAGAAAGUUCUCCUCCAAGACCAUUAGAACCUAGACAGGCUUCUCUUCCUAAACAAAUUGAGCAAAUGAGUUACAAGAAGGAAUUUGUCCCAAAGAAUCUAGAAGAAGAAAAACAGCAGCUUGAAAGAGUCACCCAACACGAUCAUUCAGCUAAUAUAACUCCUCUUACUACAAAAGGAGUUGGCCAUAUUCCUAAAGAAAAGUUAGAAAAGAUCAAGAAGCUUGAACUGCAAGAAGAAUCCAAGAUCUAUGAUCCUUACUUAGACACUGGAAGUCUCGCUGUCCAAAAGAGCGUUUUCAAAGAGCACAAAGUCCUCAUGCAAGAAUCCAAGGAUAUUAAGGUCCACUGCUGGUGCAAAGAUACUAAAAUUGGCGGCAGAGGCAUGAUUCUGUGCAUUAAAUGCGGAAAAUAUCAGCAUAUUGACUGUAUUGACACCAUGGCUCAAGUCAAGCCAUACAUCUGAUUUCACUGACAAUUUAUAAUUAUGGACCUUCUUAGUGUACCUGCAGAUAUUAUCUGUUAUCCAGUCAGGCUAGGUGUCGUUGACAGAAAAACUAUCAAGCUUGAACAUAAUCCUAAGAUUAGCGAACUUCUAAUGACUGAAAAAGGCAAGUACCGUGUAGAGAUCAGAGGUCUCAGACUCUCGGAAAUUCCAUUCAAAAAUUCAUGGCCAAACUAUGGAAAACUAGACAUUGAUGAUAAGGUCUGGACCCAUCUGCUAAGUCUUCCAGAAAGGGAGCAAUCUAGGAAGAGAAAAGAUGAACCAUUAGAUCUGACAUCUUUGUUCAAAACUCGAAACAAAAAGGACCAUGAAUUACAUUUAAGGAAGGACAAAACACCGUUAAACCAUGACAAGAACCACGACGCAAAUUGAUAUGUAAUCGGGAUGUUUCUGUGCCAGAAGCUAGAAAUAGAUCAGGUGAUCGACUACCACAAAAAGUACGAGCUUAAUAGCUUCCUUACUACUUUUAACAUGAUUUACGAGAGGUUGUAUCCAAAAGACAAAGGUGACGAGAUCACUGUAAUCUGAGACCAACUGGAGAUCCCCAUGACUUGUCCCAUAACUCUGAAGCCAGUAUUGUUGCCAGCGAGAGGUUACAAGUGCACUCAUGUUGAGUGAUUUGACCUAGUGAAUUUCUUAAAGACCAAUACAAGAUUUAGGACCUUCAAAUGCCCGAUUUGUAACAAAAAUGCCAAUAUUUCGAAGAUAGAUCCCUUCUUACUGUCCCUGAGACAGUUCCUCGAGAAAACAGGUAAUUGCAAGGAGAUCUCCAGCGUAGUAAUCAAAAAUACCUUUGAAAUCAUAAUGGAAGGCUUAAAGAUCCCUCUUAACGUGAACGGGCUGAUCGACUUCUACAUCGAGCAGAGAACAUCUAAUAAUGGAAGACUCUUUGAAGAAGACGAAGUUAUUUACAGAAACUCUCCUUCUGAAGAAACAACGAAUGAAGGCAUUAACCUGGCCAAAAAUAACCAGAAAAAGCAAGAGAUCGAAGAAGUUAUUUGCAUUGAUUAA